GGGAAAUCUUUCGGCCCGGAGCCAGCAACCUAGGGAAGGAGGGUGCGGCGCCCGCCUCGGCCCGCAGGGUGGGGUGCCCCCUCCCCUCCAGACCCGCUCCUGCCGGCCUCAGGCCAGGGGGAGGAGCCGCCCGCGCCCCCCUCAGCCAGCAGGGCUAUAAAGCCGCCCUAGAGCUCCUGCGGCUCCUUCGCGCCAGCCCAGCCCUUCCAGCGCAGACUGCGGUGCUCGGCGUCAUGAGCCACCGCCCGUCGGGCCUGCGGGCCAGCGUCGCAACCUCGUACCGACGCACCUUCGGGCCACCACCCUCCCUGUCUCCCGGGGCCUUCUCCUACUCUUCCAGCUCGCGCUUCUCCAGCAGCCGCCUGCUGGGCUCGGGGUCCUCGAGCUCCUCCGUGCGCCUGGGUAGCUUCCGCGCCCCUCGGGCGGGGGCCCUGCGCCUGCCCUCCGAGCGCCUCGACUUCUCCAUGGCUGAGGCCCUCAACCAGGAGUUCCUGGCCACGCGCAGCAACGAGAAGCAGGAGCUACAGGAGCUCAACGACCGCUUUGCCAACUUCCUCGAGAAGGUGCGCCUCCUGGAGCAGCAAAACGCGGCCCUGCGCGGCGAGCUGAGCCAGGCCCGGGGCCAGGAGCCGGCGCGCGCCGACCAGCUGUGCCAGCAGGAGCUGCGCGAGCUGCGGCGCGAGCUGGAGCUGCUGGGCCGGGAGCGCGACCGGGUGCUGGUGGAGCGAGACGGGCUGGCUGAGGACCUGGCGGCGCUCAAGCAGAGGUUGGAGGAGGAAAUGCGCAAGCGGGAGGAUGCGGAGCACAGCCUUGUGCUCUUCCGCAAGGAUGUGGAUGACGCCACCCUGUCCCGUCUGGAACUAGAGCGCAAGAUUGAGUCCCUGAUGGAUGAGAUUGAGUUCCUCAAGAAACUGCACGAGGAGGAGCUUCGAGACCUGCAGGUGAGUGCGGAGAGUCAGCAGGUGCAGCACGUGGAGGUCGAGGCCACCGUGAAGCCCGAGCUGACGGCGGCACUGCGGGACAUCCGUGCGCAGUACGAGAGCAUCGCGGCAAAGAACCUGCAGGAGGCCGAGGAGUGGUACAAGUCCAAGUACGCGGAUCUCUCUGAUGCCGCCAACCGGAACCACGAGGCUCUGCGCCAGGCCAAGCAAGAAAUGAACGAGUCCCGACGGCAGAUCCAGAGUCUUACGUGUGAGGUGGACGGGCUGCGCGGCACGAAUGAGGCGCUGAUGCGGCAGCUGCGGGAGCUGGAGGAACAGUUCGCCCUGGAGGCGGGCGGAUACCAGGCUGGAGCGGCGCGGCUGGAGGAAGAGCUGCGGCAGCUCAAGGAGGAGAUGGCCCGGCACCUGCGCGAGUAUCAGGAGCUCCUCAACGUGAAGAUGGCCCUGGACAUUGAGAUCGCCACCUACCGGAAGCUGCUGGAGGGCGAGGAGAGCCGGAUCUCGGUGCCCGUCCAUUCCUUCGCCUCCUUAAGUAUGAAGACGAUUGUGCCUGAGGUGGAGCCAUCCCAGGAUAGCCACAGCAGGAAGAUGGUUCUGAUCAGGACUAUCGAAACCCGGGACGGGGAGCAGGUGGUGACUGAGUCUCAGAAGGAGCAGCACAGUGAGCCGGACAAGUCUUCAGCUCACAGCUACUGAACCCCUUGGUGGGGACUCCCUGCCCCUGCUCUAGGCCAACUGUAAACCCACAGCCUCACACCUGUCCUGAAGUGGCCUUCCUUCCCUCCCACUGCAUGUGCCUCCCUCCCUGGCCCAUGGUCAAGUGGCUGGCCCCUCUCUGACACACAGAUAUGAUCCAGAUGCUUUCCUUGUUCCCUGAUAAAGAGGCUGUGACCCUGAAGACAAACCCGCUACAAAACAGGGUCCCAUGAUCUGUGGAUGAGCUGGGCUGGGCUGGUCCAGAGUCUGAA